AUGGGAGAAGAGAGGGGCAUGACACGGAUGCUACUGGAUUGCAGUCUCAGUGACAAGUUGUGUGUUGUCCAGGAGGGACAGUAUGAAGUGGUCAUCGUCCCAGCUCUCCUGGUUGGUGCCUUUCUCAUCCUUCUUGGUGUCAUCCUGUGGCUUUUUGUAAGAGAGCAAAGAGCCCAACAACAGCAUCCAGGACUCCAAGGCAUUGUUCCCAUGCCUCCAUCUAGGGGCCUAAGCGGGGAAGCAGCAGGACAUGGAGGAAAUGUGUUUGUGCCACUUAAGGAGACAUCGGUGGAAAGCUUUCUACGAGCUACCAAUCCUGCCCUGGCUAAGCUACAGGUGCCCCGAGAGCAACUCUCUGAAGUUCUGGAACAGAUCCACAAUGGUAGUUGCGGAGCCAUCUAUCGAGCCAAAAUGAAUACUAGCGACCCCGCUAAGCCGAAGAGUGUUGUCGUCAAGGUUUUAAAAGAACCAGUCGGGCUGCAUGAGGUACAGGAUUUCUUAGGGCGAAUCCAAUUCUAUCAGUACCUGGGGAAACACAAGAACCUGGUACAGCUGGAAGGCUGCUGCACAGAAAAGCUGCCACUCUAUAUGGUGUUGGAGGAUGUAGCCCAGGGGGACCUGCUCAGCUUUCUCUGGACCUGUCGUCGGGAUGUGAUGACCAUGGAUGGUCUUCUCUACGAUCUCACGGAAAAACAAGUAUAUCACAUCGGAAAGCAGGUCCUUUUGGCUUUGGAAUUCCUGCAGGAUAAGCAUCUGUUCCAUGGGGACAUCGCAGCCAGAAAUAUCCUGCUCCAAAGUGAUCUUACUGCUAAGCUCUGUGGACUGGGCCUGGCUUAUGAAACUCACACUCUAGGGGUCAUCUCCUCUACUCAAACCAUACCCCUCAAGUGGCUUGCCCCAGAACGGCUUCUCCUGAGACCUGCUGGCAUCAGAGGAGAUAUCUGGUCCUUUGGGAUCCUUCUCUAUGAGAUGGUGACUCUAGGGGCACCACCAUAUCCUGAAGUCCCUCCUGCCAACAUCCUACAGCAUCUCCAGAGAAGGAAAAUAAUGAAGAGACCCAGCAGUUGCACACACACUAUGUAUAGUAUCAUGAAGUCCUGCUGGCGCUGGAGUGAGAACAGCCGCCCCUCACCCAAAGAGCUACACUUGCGCCUAGAAGCUGCUGCUAGAACUGCAGAUGACAAGGCUGUUUUGCAAGUACCAGAGUUGGUGGUGCCCGAACUAUAUGCAGCUGUGGCCGGUAUCAGAGUGGAGAGCCUCUCCUAUAGCUACAGCAUCCUUUGAAGACCUCCAGGCAAGAAACACUUAUGGGUGAUUUUGUACUCUUGAACCAAUUCCUCCAAAAACAAAGAAUGGACUUUUUAGUGGGACAUACAGGAAGAAAUGGGACAUGGGUCCUGGAUCUUCCCUUAAACAUUUCCCUAGAAAUCUGAAGAUUGCUGGAGGAGGCUCUACACACUGCAUGCCUUUGAGAUGAGAAGUACUGUCAGGCUCAUCUCCGCUGUCCCAAUCCUAAAGAUGCUGGGUAGAAGGGUUGGAGUGUCAUUGCAAAUGAGAUUUUAGAAAU